AAAUGGGCUACCUCGACGAGCCCCGAAACGCCAAUCGAUCGUUUUAUAUUUGAAGGGCCUGAAGCGAUAAUUUUUGAGCUUGUUUGGCUUCUCCACGACACUUCAGUCGUUUUUAACUCCACCUAGGCGCAGUGGGCUUCAAUCAGGGUUUGUUGAUCGUUUACAAGCCAAACGGAUAACUAGAUUCUUCUAAUAACGCAUUAGCCUCAAUUAUCUCUUGAACGGUGCAACAAGUAUUCGUCGUGAGCGAAGGGAGCCUAGCUUGAUUGGGGCAGGAGCGUGAACGUCGGUACGGGGGCUAUAGCGGGGUUAUUGGCACAAAAACCCCCGUUUCUGUGCUAUAGUUUGUUGGCGUAUAUGAUAUCUCAUAUUCGGCUGUGUUCACUACAAGACGUUCGGGUGCCGGUCGAUGGUCUGACGUAAAUUCAAAGGCUCGAUAACACAAGCGGGAGAGGGUAUCUUGUUAUAGCCAUGUUUCUACCUAUGAGGACGUACCAAGCAAAUAUGUUCACGCAUGGAGUUGUCAUUAUGCCGACUGAUGCACGCCAGCGCAUUUAAGAAUCGGAGCACCAAAGUAAAGCCAAUAUUAAAAGUCAGCGCUUAACAAGCGCGUUCAUGACCAUUGUGUCAACACGAAACAAAACAUAAGAGUUUGCUUUUCACAUAGUAACAUAGCACUCUAACUGUGUAGUUUUUCAAAAGCUCCGUUAUCCUGACCUGUAUACCACAAAUUUCGUUCCACACGUCAUUUUGUGGUGAAUAGUUCGAAAACAGAAUUAGAGAACCCGGGUUAUUGACCCAACCAGAAAAAAAGCAUUGGCCUACGUACAAAAAGCUCGAAGGUGGAUUCAAACAGAUAUCAUAUGUGAGGGCCUGUUCGAGUAGAUGAGGCCUGUGCAGGUUUUGCCCUCCCUAUCAAUAGACGAAGUUGAUAGACCUUCGUUGAGCACUGUCAGUCUCGUCAAAAGCGAGUCUUGUGAAGCGUCUACCCGAAGCUUAGCGGUGUCCAUCGCAACCGGUAACAGCACUAACAAUAACUGUUCAGAAAAAAUGACGUUCGACUCCGUAAAAGAUCGAAAUAGUGGUCGUGAAAUUCGCAAUUUUGCCGAUUCUCAUGACAAUGAUGUCGGCGUUUGCGGUUGGAUUCUUACACUGGGAUCACUUUUUCUAAUCGGGGCAACUUUUCCUCUGUCGCUAUUCUUCUGCAUUAAGGUCGUCCAAGAAUACGAGCGCGCUGUGAUCUUUCGAUUAGGCCGACUGCUUUCCGGUGGAUCUAAAGGACCCGGAAUUUUCUUCAUUAUGCCGUGUAUCGAAAACUACACCAAGGUUGAUCUGCGAACUUUGACGUUCGACGUUCCUCCCCAAGAGGUUCUCACAAAAGACUCAGUUACCGUAUCGGUCGACGCAGUCGUCUAUUACAGAAUCCAAAACGCGGCUGUGUCAGUGGCCAAUGUAGAAAACGCACAUCAUUCAACAAGACUCCUUGCCCAAACUACUCUCAGGAACAUGCUGGGCACGCGUAAUCUUCAUGAGAUUCUCGCAGAUCGUGAGCAAAUUUCGGCCACAAUGCAAAACACCCUUGAUGAGACGACGGAUGCUUGGGGAAUCAAAGUCGAACGCGUGGAAAUUAAGGAUGUUCGACUCCCGGUUCAGUUGCAAAGGGCAAUGGCCGCCGAGGCAGAGGCUGCACGAGAAGCCCGCGCUAAGGUGAUUGCCGCUGAAGGGGAACAGAAAUCGUCCCGAGCUCUUAAGGAAGCCGCUGACGUGAUUGCCCAAAGUCCGGCCGCUCUGCAACUGCGUUACCUACAAACAUUAAAUACCAUAUCCGCAGAGAAAAACUCGACCAUCGUGUUUCCAAUACCGAUUGACAUCAUUCAGUCUUGGACCGGAGUACGCCAUUAGGUGUGAACAACGCAAUGAAUAUGACCCCCUUCGAUAUCCAAUGGAAUACUCAAAAACAAACUUAUUAUUGAAUUGAACUUACGAAAAAUACAGUUUGACGGUUUUAAGGUUGCCUAUUUCAAAAUAUGUGCGUGAAGGUAAAUGAUUUUCACAAGAAGCAGAAAAAGAUUACUGGAGGUAUAAUCUUCUACAAGAAUCUCUAUAGGGAAUAUUUGAUUCAGGUUGGAGCAGCCUAGGUACACUGUUAGAACGAUAGUAAAUAUUUUGUCCAUGCAGUGAUCUGGUUUGUGAUCAUAUACCUCACUUGAACGUCUAAACAACCAUAUCCGAGAUCUUUCGUUUGUCAUUAUGUAUUGUCUGAGCGGGAAAAAACUAGGAAGGAAUAUUCGUCGCUAUUUCCAACCGCGUUAAACAUAAUUGCGUCGCCCCAUUUAUUCAACGAACUGAUACUCUGUUAGCAUGCAGUAAUGAUUAAUCCCACCAGAAUGGUUACGUAUUACACACAAACAAACAAACAAACAAACACACACACAUAACACUAACGAGAUAAUUCUGAAGCACAACUUUGAAAAGCGAAUUAAAUAAUUACGUAAAUUUGGGCCGAAUUUACCUAUAUAGGGCUCAUCUGUGCUAACAGAACGGUAUAAAAUAUAUCCUUUCUAAAAGUUCAAAACUAAGUUUAGCCCUGUCGCCAUACUUCAAAGCGAUGCUAGAUGUGAAUUGUUUUCAAACGGAAAUAAAUACUUCUAUGACGAACGAUAAUUUCUCAUUAUCAAUAUAACCUAUUGUGUCAUUUAUACCACAGUAAAAACCAUGACUAUCGCGACUAAAUUCUGUACUCUUCGAUUGUUUUGCUUCAUAGAAUAAUUCUCAUAUGCAAUUUUGUGGCCAUUCCUAACCGAAAGCAAAAAAAUAGAAACAGGUAAAAAAAAAAAAAAAAAAAAGAAAUGAAAUUUUCAACAGCUCUAGCGUCUGUAUCAUUUAGCAUUUAGGAUUCAACCAAAUUUAAACCUGCUAUAAUAAAACCGUGCUAUAGAUAUAAGCAAAUAUGCUAGAUAAAACAUAGCAUUUAGUAUCGAUACAAAGUGCCCGCCUUACACUUCGAUUAACUUCUGCGAAGGCUGAUUAUAAAAAGCAAAGUUUUGCACUUAAUUUCAGUAUAGAAGUGUGGAAAAAUGGUUUAUUUAAUAAAAACCCAAGACAGAGGUUAUUUGUUGUUGAUGGAAAUAUUGAUUUGAAUUCCUAUUGAAGAUUUUCAAUCAUAAGCUGUUAACUUAUAAAAAAUAAUGAUUGACUAAUUGAUUUAAACUUGGAUUUUUGUAGCGAGACAUAUUACGUUAAAAUGUAACCGUUUUAACUGGAAGUUGUAUUUUUAAAUUAGUAUUGUACACAUACUAUGAUAAUCGCUAAAAGGUUUAUGUCGGAACAAAACAAACACUCGAUUGCUUGAUGGCAUGACAGGAGAGAAUACUUUCCAUAGCGACUUUCAUACAGUAACUUUUGCUAACCAGCUCAAGAUAUAUCCAUUUUAGCUAAGCAUAAACAUUACACUGAUUUCGAUACGAAAAGCUACAUGGAAAAAAGACUAUAUUACAAAUCUUCUCGUUAUUUUUUUUCCUCAAAAGUGUGUUAAAGCAAGCAGGCUAUAAUGAAAUGUUUUAUUCGAUUGAUCAUCUAAUUGGAUUAUUUGGAACGUAUCCUAUAUGGCCAUAGUUUAUUUUUCCAUAACAUGUUCCAAUUAGCAACCCCAGUGAAAUCUUUGGCUUAAGAUAUCUGAACGGUUCCGUGGACCAUAUCCAUAGAUCAUAUCGGAGGAUUUUGGCUAUGGUUAUAAGUGAUUGACAGUAAAAGCACGACGGUUGUCACGAAACCAAUAUAUAUAUAUAUAUAUACUGAUAUAAAACACAAUAUCAUAGCGAAACUUUCAUUGAAGAUUUUACCUUUAUAAUAAUUUUUAUAAAAAAUAAAUAUAAAAAAAAUGUAUUACCACUAUAAUAACAUGUGGAACACAAUAUUCUAUUUGUUAGUAUUCAAUGUGAUUUCUAUAGAGAAUGAAGGUUUCGUUCAAAUUAAUUUUAAAUUACUGUACAUGAAACCGAUGUCAAUAAUAGUUGAUGACGCAUCAUUAUGAUAUGUAUACUGCUUUCGAGGGACGAACAUUGAAACGCUCAUUGAAACUCAAAGCCAUUUAUCAACCAACAAUGCAAGAACGAUCCUCUAAAUAAAAACAGCAAAUCCAAAUAAAUAA